ACCUCACCGUCACAAAUGGGCUGCAAUACAAAGUGCACAAAUAAAUCCGGAAGUAAAGAUGAAGGAUCUUUGGAUGAAGUCAAGCAGUGAUCUACCUCUUCCUGAAAUCUCAAGUAGAUAUUCAUCAACAGCUGAUAAUUUUGGUAUACAACUACUUAUCUUUUAGCACAGACACAGGAGUCUAAAAGACUUGAAGAUGUUGAUUUAAACUCUGAAGUUGGACGAACCUUUUACCCCUCUUUAAUGAGCUCAGGAGACAUAAGUGAUGGCUAUGAGUCCUCCCCAGACCUUCUACAGAAACGUAGACCAUCUGUCCAUGCUAAGCUGAAGAAAGAAAAAUAGCUCAAAAUUACCUUCACUUUGCUCAUAUUCCGAAGUGCGAGAUGUGAAAGUAACAGGAAAGCCAAAAAUCGGUCUUCUUGUUGAUAAAGACAAGAAAUUUAUGCAACAUUUUGCUAAUUGAGAGACAAUCCAGGAAGAGACAUCUUUGUACAAUAUGAACCUCAAUCCUGGAAAACCUAUCUCUCAUAAAGAAGCAGUAGAAAUGCUCACUGGAUUCGACUACCAGAAGAUUGAGAAAGUAAUCCCAGUCAAAGCAAUACAGAAAACUACUCAUAUUAAGGAACAAGCAGAGGUAGAGAAAAGAAAUUUAAAAAUUAAGAAGAGCAAAAAUGCAAUUGAUGAAGAGAAGAAAGAACCUAUUCAGGAAGAUAAACCAAAAACUAAGAAAAAAAUUAAGCCAGAGGUCCCAAGAUUCCCACAUCCUAAGAAAUCAGUCUCUGUCAAUCCUCCAGAGACUACAGAAGUGCCUAAAAUGACUCAAAAUAGCUGAAAAUAAGAAAGAUCCCUUGAUAAAGCUUCGCUUAGAGACUCUACCAGAUCAUCAAAAUUUCGUUGAUAAAAUCUGCCUCAGCAAAGUUUUGAUAAAGUAGCAGAUUGAUGGAGGAGCGGGGAUCUCAAAAGAACAAUCAGAUGCCUGAUAGGCAUCUGAACUACUGACACAACUGUAGUCAAGACAUUCUUCAAAAAUAUUCAAGAUUUCCAAGAAUUCUAUUAAGCAAGCUUGACUUUGAGUCUGCUACUCUAACUCUGAAGCUAGUCAGAAAGAUAUUCGAAGAUACCCUCAAAAGUGCCACCUAUAUCAGUGAAGGAGUUAAAGAGGGGUAUCUAGAAGUAGUCAUACACACAGCUCAGCCUACUUCGACCAUGUACCAAAAGAUCUUUCAAAAUUUCAGAAAGAAAUUACUUGAGAUUAAGUCAAAUAGCAUGCCUGGGAAGAACAAGGAAGUCAUUGAGAAAGUUGGGCUGUUUAUUGAGCAGAUACUACAAAUUCAUCAGCUCUCAGAUCAGAAGCAUCCUUCCUUAACUCAGGCUCAGAUUAGGUCGAUUAUUUAUUAUAAAGAAGUCAACUCUCAAGUUGGCAGUACUUCUCCAGAGGAAGCUAACCAACCUGAGCAACUGGAAGUCCUUGAUGAUGCUUACAAAGAAGUAGGAACCUUCCUCCUGAAAGUUGGUUUCCUGAAGCAACUCGCAUAAUUUCA